AUGCGUCUCAUCACGGCCUUGUCGACUGGCGUGUGCAUCCUCGGCGUCGUCGUCGUCGAGGCCCUCCCCCGCCGCGCUCACACUUUUGUCAAGAGGCAAGUCACCGAGCUCCGAGAAGAGUACGACUUCGUCGUCGUCGGCGGUGGUACCUCCGGUCUGACCAUCGCCGACCGUGUUUCGGCUGCCUUCCCCGAGAAGAACGUCCUAGUCAUCGAGUACGGCAAGAUCGAGGGGACCGUUGGUUACUAUGAUCCGCCCGAGGAUGGCCGUGGAGCCAGCCGCCUGGUCAUCAGCUCCCCUCCCGUUGCCAGCGUCAACAACCGAGCCGCUACCGUUCUCCUUGGCAUGACUGUGGGCGGAGGGUCCGCCAUCAACGGUCAGUUCCUGGACCGUGGCUCCAGAUACGACUACGACGAGUGGGCGCGACUCGGUAGCCCCCAGUUCGACGACAGCCCUGAUAGUUGGGACUGGGAGAACUUUGGCCCGGCGUUCAAGAAGGCAAACCCCCGCCGAAUCCGCCAUGCUAACGCUGAAAUACAUCAGUCCUUCUUCCUUACCGAGCCCAACGACGAGCUUGUCGAGAAGUACGGCUACACUUGGAAUGCCUCCGCGUACACCGGCGACGCGAUCGAGGCCUCUUUCCCGCCCUUUCAGUGGCCUGCCCAGCGGUUCGGGUGGCGGGCUUUCGAGGAGUUCGGUCUCGAUGCCCCCGCCAGCUGCGACGACGGGGACAAGCACGGCAUCUGCUGGGUUCCCACGGCACAGAACUCCGAGACCGUCGAGCGGUCUCACGCCGGUGUUGGUCACUACACCAGGAUCGCCGAGACCCGUCCCAACCUCGACCUCCUCGUCGAGCACAAGGUCACACGCCUCGUAGUCGACAAGGACAAAACAAGUGUCCCCGCCGUCGAGUUUCGCCCCGUGGCCCCGGGCGGCGAGGUCCGGACCAUCCGCCCCAAGCACGAGGUUAUCCUGUCGGCCGGCGCCGUCCACACGCCCCAGAUUCUCCAGCGCAGCGGCAUCGCCUCUUCCGCGUACCUCGAGUCUGAGGGCAUCGAGCUCGUCGAGGACCUCCCUGGCGUCGGCCAGAACUUCCAAGACCACUGCGGCGUCCCCGUGGCCUACUCUUACGACACCCCCCGCCCCAGCGAGGCCGACGUCGCCAACAACGCGACCUACGCCGCCGAGGCCGUCGCACAGUUCCGCGAGCGCCCUGCCCGGGGCCCUUACACUCUCGCCAUGGGCAACAGCGCCGCCUACGUCGCCCUCCGGCACGUCACCCCGGAGUGGGAGCGGAUCGUCGCAGACAUCCGCGCCCAGAUCGGGGACCGCUCCGUCCUCCGCUAUCUCCCCGCCGGCGCCGCCGAGCCCGUCCGCGAAGGCUACAUGGCGCAGCUCGAGAUCAUCGCCCAGGCGCUCGAGCACCCUGAGCACCCCAUCCUCGAGAUGCCCUUCCAGGCGGAGCCAGGGACGGGAUUCCUCCUGAAGCCGCUCAGCCGCGGCUCCGUCGUCCUCAACUCCACCGACCACGAUGCCACGCCCGUCGUCAACUACGCCACCGGCGCGAACCCCGUCGAUCUCGAAAUCAUGGCCGCCUACGUCGACUACUUCCGCCGCCUCUACUCCACCGACACGUGGCAGGGGCUUGGCGCCGUCGAGGUCGCCCCGGGUGCCCAUGUCACCGACCACGACGCCCUCAUCGAGUACGUCAAGGACAACGUGAUCCAGUCGCUCAUGCAUCCGUGCUGCACGGCUGCUAUGCUCCCCCGCGAGAAGGGCGGCGUCGUCGACUCGAGCCUGUCCGUCUACGGCAUCCCGGGCCUCCGCGUUGCCGACUGCUCCAUCAUCCCCACCAUCCCUGCUGCGCACACCACCACGACGGCGUACGCUAUUGGCGAGAAGGCUGCUGAGAUCAUCAUCCGCCGGUGGAAGAAGAAGUGCAAGGCUUGA